AUGGACUCAACAUACAUGACCUCCGUCCAGGGACAACCGUUCACCUACUACGACCAACAGAGAGGCCACUACCAGUCAGACAUCCCAUACUAUGGACAAAUGCAGUAUGGAGCCCAGGAGCAACCCGUCUACUCGCAGCCCGUGAUGAACAUGCACCAAAUGGCCACCACCAAUGCCUUCCGGGGAGCCACCAUGAACCUGACCCCCAUUGCCUCGCCGCAACCAUCACAAAUGAAGCCCACCAUCAUUGUGCAGCAGGGAUCACCCGCCCUCAUGCCAUUGGAUACGCGCUUCAUUGGUCACGACAUGUACUCUUUCCCUUCAACUCCUCCACUUUCGGCCUCGGGCAGCUCGAUCAGCAGCCCGCCCUCGGCCAAUGGCGCCCUGCCAACCCCGAUCACCGACACAUUCUUUGGUUUCGACAAGGUGGAAGGCGUCAAGGAAGGCUGCGAGACCGAAGUUCACCAGGAAAUCCUGGCCAACCCCGAAUGGGCGCGCUCUGACUCGCCUCCAAUGACACCUGUCUUCAUUCACCCCCCCUCUCUCAUUCACAGCCACUCAGACCUUCUGUCUGCCACUUCUUGCCCCUCGCUUUCCCCCUCCCCCUCUCCUGUCCCGACCGACAUUCUGGCCUCCCAAUCUCUGGGUUCUGGCCAGUCUUUCUGCGAUCCUCGUCAGCUCACCGUCGAGCCUUCUGUCAAUGUGCCCGCUCAGGAUCUUCCUCCCCUGCCUACUCUCUCAUGCGAGGAGGAGCAGCCUCGGGCUGUCGUGGGCAGUGCCUCGGUGACGCUUCCCGUCAACGAGAACCCGUCUCCCUCGUUCAGUGCUUCCACUCAGGACCCCCUCAGCGGGUUGCCCACUUUCGACAGCUUCUCCGACCUCGACUCUGACGAUGAGCUGAACCGCCUCGUCGAGUUCCACCCUGCCACCAACGCGGUGUUCAUGGACAAGCGCCAGCGUGUCAAUGCUUACCCCGUCGAGGAUGAUGGAUUCCUGAGCGAGCACAGCCUCGAGGACACCGACGACUCCGAGACUUUCGUCCCCAACGGGCUUCCCUCCUUCGAGUGGACCCACGCUCACUCCCACGCCGAGCAUGAGGACGAAGUCGUCGAGGAGCCCAAGACCAAGAAGCGCAGCACUCGCAAGACCCGCAAGAGCGUCGACGAAGAAGCUGAAGCCAAGGCGCAGGCCGCCUGUGACUCUUCCGCUGACUGCUGCUCUGACGAUGGAUCGGUCGAGGACUCAUCCGAGUCUGCCCCCGUCUCCGUCAACCGCCGUGGCCGCAAGCAGUCUCUCACCGAGGACCCUUCCAAGACCUUCGUCUGCACUCUGUGCUCGCGUCGCUUCCGUCGCCAGGAGCACCUCAAGCGCCACUACCGCUCUCUCCACACUCAGGACAAGCCCUUUGAGUGCAACGAGUGUGGUAAGAAGUUCUCUCGCAGUGACAACCUUGCCCAGCACGCCCGCACCCACGCCGGUGGUUCCAUCGUCAUGGGUGUCCUCGACACCAGCGACUCGGGCUCAGUCUCCUACGACGAUCAACAUGAUGCCGGCGCUCUCGGCCAAGUCAUGUACGACCAGUCCGGAGUCACCGGCGCUCCCUCCGUGGACCGUCGUGCGGCCAAGAAGCGCAAGCGUGACCUGUAA